GCGAACAGAAGCGCCAGCCAAACUUCGUUCCAGCGAGCAAAAUAGUGCGCUCUCGCAACAACCACUGACGCAUAUCAGGAGGCAGGCAGUACCGCAGAAGCACAACAAUGGAGUCGCUUAUUCCCAUCGUGAACAAGCUGCAGGAUGCAUUCACCCAGAUGGGUGUGCAUAUGCAGCUCGACCUGCCACAGAUCGCCGUCGUUGGCGGACAGUCAGCGGGAAAAUCGUCCGUGUUGGAAAACUUUGUCGGAAGAGAUUUUCUUCCUCGAGGCUCGGGUAUUGUAACACGACGUCCCUUAAUUCUUCAGCUCAUCAAUGGAACUGUUGAAUUUGGAGAAUUCCUUCAUCAGAAAGGCAAAAAGUACAGUAAUUUUGACGAGAUUCGACAGGAGAUCGAAGCUGAAACCGAUCGCAUCACCGGUAGCAAUAAGGGCAUUUCCAACAUACCGAUUAACCUUCGAGUAUACUCUCCACAUGUACUCAAUUUGACGCUUAUUGAUUUGCCCGGUCUGACGAAGGUUCCGAUCGGAGACCAGCCAGCUGAUAUCGAGAAUCAGAUCAAGGGCAUGAUAUUCCAGUUCAUUCGCAAGGAAACCUGCCUAAUUUUGGCCGUCACACCAGCAAACACCGAUUUGGCCAACAGCGAUGCACUCAAACUAGCUAAAGAGGUCGACCCGCAGGGGGUCAGAACGAUCGGUGUCAUUACCAAGCUCGAUCUUAUGGACGAGGGUACGGAUGCUCGGGAUAUUCUCGAGAACAAGCUGCUGCCACUGCGCCGUGGCUACAUCGGUGUGGUUAACCGAUCGCAGAAGGAUAUCGAGGGUAGAAAGGACAUCCACGCAGCCUUAGCGGCGGAACGCAAAUUCUUCCUGAGCCAUCCGAGCUAUCGUCACAUCGCCGACCGGCUCGGUACGCCGUACUUGCAGAAGGUGCUCAACCAACAGCUUACGAACCAUAUCCGCGACACGUUGCCCGCGCUGCGUGAUCGCUUGCAGAAGCAAAUGCUUACGCUGGAACGGGAUGUCGAUCAGUAUAAGCAUUUCCGACCGGACGAUCCAAGCAUAAAAACGAAGGCUAUGUUGCAAAUGAUUCAGCAAUUGCAGUCGGAUUUCGAGCGCACGAUUGAAGGUUCCGGUUCGGCGCUCGUCAACACCAAUGAGUUGUCUGGUGGUGCCAAGAUCAAUCGAAUUUUCCAUGAGCGGUUGCGCUUCGAGAUUGUUAAGAUGUCAUGCGAUGAGAAGGAGCUUCGCCGUGAAAUUUCGUUCGCCAUUCGCAACAUUCACGGUAUCCGAGUCGGUCUGUUCACGCCCGACAUGGCGUUCGAAGCGAUCGUGAAGAAACAGAUCUCGCAGCUCAAGGAACCGAUCCUAAAGUGUGUUGAUCUAACUGUCUUGGAGCUGUCGAAUGUCGUUAGAAUUUGCACGGACAAGAUGGCUCGCUAUCCUCGUCUGCGCGAUGAAACUGAGCGCAUUAUUACGACACACAUUCGGCAGUGUGAACAAAAGUCCAAAGAGCAAAUGAUGCUGCUGAUCGAUUAUGAACUGGCCUACAUGAACACCAACCACGAGGAUUUCAUCGGUUUUGCCAAUGCGCAAAGCAAAACCGAAAAUGCUGUCAAGACGGGUACACGCAACCUUGGCUCGCAAGUGAUCCGUAAGGGGCACAUGUGUAUUCAAAACCUCGGCAUCAUGAAGGGCGGCUCACGACCGUACUGGUUCGUGCUGACGUCCGAAAGCAUCUCGUGGUUCAAGGAUGAAGACGAGAAGGAAAAGAAAUUCAUGCUGCCUCUGGAUGGAUUGAAGCUGCGUGACAUCGAGCAGGGAUUCAUGUCCCGGCGGCAUACUUUCGGUCUCUUCAACCCCGAUGGGCGUAAUGUUUACAAGGAUUAUAAACAAUUGGAACUUUCUUGUGAAAGCACCGACGACGUGGAUUCAUGGAAAGCCUCCUUCUUGCGGGCCGGUGUUUACCCUGAGAAGGAUACUCCGGCCAAUGGUGAUGAGGAAACCAGCGAAAGUGGCCCAACCGGCCAGUCUCUGGACCCUCAGCUAGAACGACAAGUUGAGACGAUACGCAACCUGGUUGAAUCGUACAUGCGCAUCGUAACGAAAACCACGCGUGACAUGGUUCCGAAGGCUAUUAUGAUGUUGAUCAUCAACAAUACCAAGGAUUUUAUUAAUGGCGAGCUGUUGGCACACUUGUACGCUUCUGGAGAUCAGGCCUCGAUGAUGGAAGAGAGCGCCGAUGAAGCACAAAAACGUGAGGAAAUGUUGCGGAUGUACCAUGCGUGUAAGGAAGCGCUACGUAUAAUUGGUGAUGUGUCCAUGGCUACCUUCUCCACGCCGGUACCACCGCCGGUGAAGAAUGAUUGGCUAUCUAGCGGCCUCGACAAUCCGCGGCUGUCGCCUCCGAGUCCGGGCGGUCCUCGCAAGGCUGCACCUCAGCAACAGGGAUCGCUCGGUUCGAUGGGAGCUCCCGCUGGCCGAGGACCACCUCCGGCGCCAGCCAGCGCAAGGCCUGCGCCAGCAAUUCCGAAUCGACCAGGUGGUGGUGCCGCCCCACCCUUGCCUGGUGGCCGUCCAGGUGGCCAGGCGCUACCGGCACCGUUGAUUCCAUCCCGACCGGGAGGAGGUUCUAUUGCGGGUAUGGCGCAGAUGCUUCCUGCAAGUACCAGGCAACAGAUUAACCAGCAGGUUGGCCAGGCCGUCACCAAUGCCGCCAUGAACGAACUGUCGAACGUGUUCGCUUCCAAGUUCAACCGGCCAGCACAAAAUAUGCCUCCACGUUUACCCGGUCGGCCGUACAACGCCAUGGGACGGCCAUGA